AAUAGUUGGGAUUUGGCACCCUAACAGAACAUGCAUGAGUUGUACUUCUACCUUAUUAGCUCUUUCGCUCGCUCGACAUAAUCUUGUCGUUGUUAUAAAUUGAAACUCAAACUUGUGGAAUGAUGUACGUUGGCAUACAAUUAUAAGUUUAUGAUUUUAAUUGCAUUGAGAAAUUCUAACGCGUUAAUAAUUAUUAAGUUGCAUGUUUUAAUUUAUAUAAAUUGUUAUUGUCUGCAAUCAAUCACGGUGGAACACAUAAUGAACAAGACGCAGUUGAAUUGUUAGCAGUGCGAUGUAUACUGCGCCAUGAGAUGAGAUGUUCCCUGCCUAACUUGUCACGUGAUCAACGAAAUAAUGAUAUGCUUUUAAGUUUUAAUUAGCCCUGCGCAAGCAUAUACUACGUACACCAAGGCCCAUAUCGUAUUCAUAUUUUAUGAACUUGGGCCUCCUUGGUUGGUGUAAACACUAUAGAAGCCCUAAGAAGAGAGCUCAACGAUCUCCAUUUCCUGGACGAAAUAGAUCGGCCCAUUCAGGCCCAUGUAUUGCAUAUUCCCGGGUUUAAGACGUUUCUCUCAUGUUUCUGCCAAUUUCCAGCAAACUCUCCCCGGUCCGUUAACUUCGCUUUCCCGCGGCGAACGUCAAUUCUCCCCGUUCAAGCAGAAAUCAGGUACGAUCAGUUUCUAGGGUUUCUAACUUCUCUCGAUCUUCCGAUCAUUGAAGUUAGAUAGCUUACGGUAUCGGCGUUCGCUUUCCUUCAAUCGGUAGGGUGAUAGAAUGUAUUCAAUUCGAUUCCAACCUCCGGAAAAACCCAAUGGAACACUCUGGAGACUGUCGCGUGCUCUGGGUAUCGAAUUUCUUCUGAAGUUGUUUUCUUUUUUGUCAUAUGCAGCAGUCCCCUGAGUUGCUUAAACCACCAUCCAGAUGUUCAAAAACACAUUUCAAUCUGGAUUCCUCUCCAUCCUCUACAGUCUCGGGAGCAAACCUCUGCAGAUAUGGGAUAAAGAAGUUUCAAAUGGGCAUGUGAAACGGCCUCAUGAUGAAGACAUACAGUCCAAUGUGCUGGAAAUCGUCGGGUCGAAAAUCCAGUCCACUUACAUUACAUGCCCAGCUGACCCUAAUGCGACGCUCGGUAUAAAACUGCCUUUCUUGGUCAUGCUUGUCAAGAACAUGAAGAAGUACUUCACGUUUGAGAUUCAAGUGCUUGAUGAUAAGAAUGUCAGGAGACGUUUCCGUGCUUCUAACUUUCAAGCUGUUACUCGGGUGAAGCCAUACAUUUGCACCAUGCCGUUGAAACUCGAUGAAGGGUGGAAUCAAAUACAGUUGAAUCUGGCUGAUUUUACUAAGAGGGCUUAUGGGACCAACUACGUCGAGACUUUACGAGUUCAGGUGCAUGCAAACUGUCGCUUAAGGAGGAUCUAUUUUGCCGAUCGACUCUACUCAGAAGAGGAACUCCCACCUGAAUUUAAACUCUACCUUCCGAUGCAGCAGAAAGCAUGAUGAUAUUUCUGGGACUUUGCUGGCGGAUGUUGUCACUUGUCAAUUCAACCAGUUCACUGGUUUUCUCCAAGCUUUUAAAGUUUAUCGCUGUGGGUUUUGCAAUUGUACUCGUUAGAUAUAAGGGUCACUUGUAUUCUUCUACAAGUAUAUGAAUUGUGACUGUUGAAUCAGGUCAAACAGUUGGUGCCUAAACAGUGAGUUACAACUCUCCUAGGGGUCGUUUGUUAGCCGUGUACUUAUACCCUGGCAAUGAAACUAUGGAUGGCAAAAUAAUUAUAACUAUGGAUAUUAGUUUGAAGCAAAAUGAAACUAGAGGAGAUGGAAAAAAAUUAACUAUAUCUAUGGAUAUUAGUUCGAAUCCGAUCUAAUUAGGUAGGGUAAAGUCGAAUCGAAAGGGGUUUUAAUGGGCCUGAAUAAUAUUUGAAUUCGAACAUUGUGGAUAAUGAAUGAGAAUGAUUUUC